AUGAAAGUAGCUAGACUUAACGAGACGUUUCCACAAGCCGAACUGCGAAGGCUUAAACAAGCAGAGCGUGAGGCAGCUCAAAGAGCUGCUGAGACACCAGAGCAGUCCCAAGAUAGACGUCGACAGCAUGCUGAGUAUCUAGCAUCUCAACGGGCUGCAGAGACACCCGAACAGUCUCAAGCUCGACGUCAACAGAACGCUGAAUAUCUGGCAUCUCAACGGGCUUCUGAGACACCCGAACAGUCCCAGGAUCGACGUCGACAGCAUGCUGAGUAUCUAGCAUCUCAACGGGCUGCGGAGACACCCGAACAGUCUCAAGCUCGACGUCAACAGAACGCUGAAUAUCUGGCAUCUCAACGGGCUUCUGAGACACCCGAACAGUCUCAAGCUCGGCGUCUUCAGCAAGCGACUUACAUAGGGUCCCAAAGAGCUACUGAAACUGUUGAAGCUGCUGAAGCUCGCAGAUGCGCUGUUGCUGAAAGGGCACAACAGCGACGAUUAAUAUUUACAAGAAACGCGUGGGGAGUAUUUGAUAAAGCUGCAUUUGAGUACGAUGAAACUCUUGAUUACGAAAGCCACAAGCUUAUAAAAAUAGAAGCGAUGAAUAAAGAAUGCAGAUUUUGCUGA